CCGCCAAUGGGCUGGAGAGGUCUGGAGGGAGGCGGGGAUUUCCUCGGCCAAUCGGCAGGGUGCGUGGUCUUUGCCGCUCUAUGCCGCUCCGCCCAGGCUCGCUGGUCCCAGAAGGCGCCGGGUUUCCCAAGAUGGCGGCCGACGUGUCCGUUACUCACCGGCCCCCGUUGAGCCCCGAGCCUGGGGCCGAGGCUGAAGCCACCGAGACUGCAGAACGCCGGGCGCCCGAAGAGCUGCCGCCACUAGAUCCAGAAGAGAUCCGGAAACGCCUGGAACACACCGAACGACAGUUUCGUAACCGCCGCAAGAUACUGAUCCGGGGCCUCCCGGGGGACGUGACCAACCAGGAAGUACAUGAUCUACUCGGCGACUAUGAGCUCAAGUACUGUUUUGUGGACAAAUACAAAGGGACAGCUUUUGUGACCCUGCUGAAUGGGGAGCAGGCUGAGGCAGCCAUCAGUGCCUUCCACCAGAGCCACCUGCGGGAGCGCGAGCUGUCCGUGCAGCUGCAGCCCACGGACGCGCUGCUGUGUGUGGCCAACCUGCCCCCAAGCCUCACACAGGCACAGUUUGAGGAGCUGGUGCGGCCCUUCGGCAGCCUGGAGCGCUGCUUCUUGGUCUACAGUGAGCACACCGGCCACUCCAAGGGCUACGGCUUUGCAGAAUACAUGAAGAAGGACUCGGCUGCCCGCGCCAAGUCGGACCUGCUGGGCAAGCCACUGGGCCCGCGCACGCUGUACGUGCACUGGACAGAUGCGGGCCAGCUCACGCCGGCCCUGCUGCACUCACGCUGCCUCUGUGUAGACCACCUGCCCCCUGGCUUCAGCGACGUGGAUGCCCUGCGCCAGGCACUGUCGGCCGUGCACACACCCACCUUCUGCCAGCUGGCGUGCGGCCAGGACGGGCAGCUGAAGGGCUUCGCGGUGCUGGAGUACGAGACUGCGGAGAUGGCCGAGGCUGCACAGCAGCGGGCUGACGGCCUGGCCCUGGGGGGCAGCCACCUACGCGUGUCCUUCUGCGCCCCGGGGCCCCCUGGCCGCAGCAUGCUGGCUGCACUCAUUGCUGCCCAGGCCACGGCCCUCAACCGCGGCAAGGGGCUCCUGCCUGAGCCUAAUAUCCUGCAGCUGCUCAACAACCUGGGCCCAUCCGCCUCCCUGCAGCUGCUCCUCAACCCCCUGCUCCACAGCAGCGCAGGGGGCAAGCAGGGCCUCCUGGGUGCGCCCCCUGCCAUGCCACUGCUCAACGGGCCGGCUCUGUCCACGGCGUUGCUGCAGCUCGCCCUGCAGGCCCAGAGCCAUAAGAAGCCCGGGAUCCUGGGAGACUCGCCCCUGGGCCCUCUCCAGGGUGGGCCCCAGCCAGCCAACCCCCUCCUCGGGGACCUGACAGCAGGGGGGACCCUGGCCCCGGAGCUGCCACCUCGGCGAGGAAAGCCACCACCCCUCUUGCCACCUCUGCUGGGCCCCUCUGGGGCUGACCGGGAGCCCAUGGGCCUGGGUCCCCCUGCAGCCCAGCUCACCCCACCCGCUGCUCCAGUGGGGAUCCGCGGCCCGGGUCUCAGGGGCCUACAGAAGGACAGCGGGCCCCUGCCCACAACCCCUGGGGUCUCACUGCUGGGAGAGCCCCCCAAGGACUACCGGAUCCCCCUGAAUCCCUACCUAAACCUGCACAGCCUGCUCCCGGCUAGCAACCUGGCUGGCAAGGAAGCCCGGGGCUGGGGGUGUGUCACGAGAGGCCGCCGCCAGCCCGAGGGAUCCUUGCCCAACGCCCCAGCCCCAGGUGGGGGCGCUGGUACAAGUGGCAGCGGCAGCAAAGCCUUCCCGCUCAAGUCCCGCCUUCUCAGCCCCCUCGCCGGCUCCCGCCUGCCCCCAGAGCCCGGGCUGCCCGACAGCUACAGCUUUGAUUACCCCUUGGACCUAGGACCUCGGCGGCUCUUCUCCCACCGGGAGUCAGCCCUAGGGCCUCAUGGACCCAGUCGACACAAGAUGUCCCCUCCGCCCAGUGGCUUCAGCGAGCGGAGUGGCGGAGGUGGCGGCGGGCCUCUCUCUCACUUCUACUCGGGCUCGCCCACCUCCUACUUCACCAGUGGCCUGCAGGCUGGCCUCAAGCAGAGCCACCUCAGCAAGGCAGCCGGCUCCUCCCCGCUGGGCUCCGGUGAGGGGCUCCUGGGCCUCGGCCCGGGCCCCAAUGGCCACAGCCACCUGCUGAAGACCCCCUUGGGCGGCCAGAAACGAAGCUUUGCCCACCUGCUGCCCUCACCUGAGCCCAGCCCAGAGGGCAGCUACGUGGGCCAGCACUCCCAGGGCCUCGGUGGCCACUACGCAGACUCCUACCUGAAGCGGAAGAGGAUUUUUUAAGGGAUGCUUUGGGGCUUUCUGGUGUUUUGUUUUGUGGUUGUUUUUGUUCUUGUUUUUUAAAUUUUCUUUCGGGUAAUAGAGAAAUCUCUGAAAUCUGAAAGACUUUGCUGACCAACCAGCCAGAGCCCAAAGAGUAUGGGGGUGCCCGGCUGCUCUGCGCCUCCAGACUGCUCCGGGUGUGGGAACCCACAGCCUUAAGAGAGAGGGGCCCGGCCUGCUCUCUCCCCCGCCCGCUCCUGUCCUUGCCUGGGCCUGGCUUUUGUCGGGGUCCCCUCCUGCCUUGUCACUCCUGUGUUUUGGCCUUUUGAGUGCCUUGGAGGUUUCCCUGACCUCCCGUGAAGAUCAGAGACUGUCCCCCCGCCCCCUUUUUAAUUUUGACAGUUGACUGUUUUUUUCCUUUUCUAAUUUUUAUUCUUUUUAAAGCCAUCUCAGAUGAACCCCCAGCUCUGAUUCCUUCAAGGUCCCACCUGUCCGGGCCUCCAUUCCACACUUCCGAUUUUCACCCGUCUGCUGCAGGCACGGCAUCUCUUGCCACUGCCUGCCCAC